GGAAGAGUAGCGGAGUAUGUCCGCCCAACAACAGCGAAUCCUCAAGCUCGAAAAUAGAUCGCAUAGUUUUCCCGGUACUUCCAAUGCGGUGUAUCGUAAUAGGCAAGCUAACUGCUUGCCGAAUGUUGUUGGCCAUGGACAAUUAAACGUUUAUAAACACCGGAGAUUCCGCAAAACCUGGCCCUCUCAUGAUUUGGCGUGCUUAGACGAAGGAGCAACACCCAAGGCUGUAAUAAAAUUUAUAUUAAAUUUUAAACUCACGAUAAAAACUGAAGAACAAAAAUUGAGAUUUCACGAAUUAUUAAUAAUGUAAUCUAGAGUUAUUCAAUCAUAUGAUUCAAAUAUAUAAAAUGCAUGAAUAAAUGCUUUGAAUAUAUGAACAUGCAAUAAAAUUUUAAGCAGCGGUUUCUGAUUAUUUUGAGCGACGUACGAUCGCGAAAUGUAAACUUUCAAAGCAUUUGAAACGAUGGAAAAAUAAGCUUCUAGAUUUAUGCUGCUAUUUAUCUUGUUUCUUUUUGGUUUAAAAAGUUGGAGAGUUUUAUUUUGUACAUUAAUGAGAUUUAUCAAGUGUUUUUUGAAGAUACAAAAAGUGUCUUAGUAUAAUAAUUGGAUGAUAAUAAUGCAUAUAUUUACAAAUGUAAUUUCAAAUGAUGAUGUAAUCUUUUAUAAAAUAUAUUUGAAAUAGGGAGAAUUGUUUAUGUUAAAUUUUUUAGAUUAUUCUAUUGAAUAAUCUUUUUUAUUUGAAAAAAAAUUCUUGUUUGAAAAAGAUUAAAAUUUCAUUACAUUAUUAUAGAUAGAUAUCACAAUUCUGUUGAUGACUGGUAUGGUAACAAAGGCUCAUAAACUAACAAAUCAUCAUCAUUUAGCAGUUCUUACAAGAACCAAUGACGUAAUGCACAUGUGCGAGUUAACGAUUUUUCGAAGUCGUUUCAACUUGUUAUAAGCUUUCUAACUAGUACAAAAAUAAUAUUAUGCACGUACAUUUAUUACGUUCUUUAUUUUGA